AUGUUGAAACAAAUUAUUCUUGCUCUUCUUUUCUUAGGUGUUGCUGUCAAUGCUAAAGUUACUCGAGAAGAAAUCGCUGCUGCUCAUAGAGACUUAACAGAAGCCGUUCAAGUUGACAAUCAAUGUGUAACAUCAAUGGAUUGUGUCGCAGUACCCACUGGAUCUCGAGCAUGUGGCGGUCCAAAUGGUUAUGUUAUAUAUGCGAUUAAGAGCUCUAAUGCGGAAAAAAUUCGUUUAUUAGCACAAAAGACAGUUCAACUUGAACGACAAUAUAAUUUGGAAAAUUCAGUUAUAUCUAUUUGUUCAAUGGUUAUGCCACCUUCAGUAUUAUGUAAUCAAGCUAACAAAUGUGUCUCUGGAUCAACAUCCUCACCAUUUGUGCCUGCUCCCUUCAAAUGGGAAGACUUGACGGAAAAAAUCGCUCUUGUUACUGGUGGUUCUGAAGGCAUUGGUUUCGCUGCUGCUCAUCAGUUCAUUAUUGAAGGCGCUGAACAUGUCUUUAUUACUGGACGUCGUCAACAAGUGCUUGAUGAAGCUGUAAAAAAGCUUGGUAAUAAUAAUGUGACUGGAAUACAAGGUGAUGUAUCCAAUAUGGCCGAUCUUGAUAAACUCUACAGUGUUAUUCAGAAAGAGAAAGGUCGGUUAGACAUCGUCUUCGCCAAUCCAGCUACUGGCUCAUUGAUAGCACUGGGUGCGAUUACAGAAAAAGAUUUCGAUGACGUGUUCAACGCCAAUGUGAAAGGAGUAUUGUUCACCGUACAAAAAGCUUUACCACUACUUGCCGAUGGCGGAUCCAUCAUACUUUGUGGAUCUAUCGCCGCUGUAAAAGGUUAUCCGGGUAACAGUGUUUAUGGUGCCAGCAAAGCAGCCCUUCGAUCUUUCGCCCGUACUUGGACCGUCGAUUUGAAGGAUCGCAAGAUUCGGGUUAAUAUUAUACAACCUGGACCAAUCGAUACACCUGCAUUGGCACGCCUCGGACGGAAUGAAGAAGAAAAUAAAACGAUUCUUGACACCUUAAAAGCCGCUACAGUGAUGAACCGGAUUGGUUCAACUGAUGAACUUGCUAGAGCCGUAGUCUUUCUUGCUUCAGACGACAGCAGUUAUGUUACAGGCAUUGAACUUUUUGUCGAUGGAGGAUAUGCACAGAUCUGA